AUGGAAGGAGCUGCAGGAGUGAGAAAAGGUGCAUGGACUGAGGAAGAGGAUGUACUGCUGAGGAAGUGCGUGGAGAAAUAUGGUGAAGGAAAAUGGCACCAAGUCCCCCGCAGAGGAGGGUUGAACAGGUGCAGGAAAAGUUGCAGGCUGAGGUGGUUGAACUAUCUGAAGCCCAACAUCAAGAGAGGGGCAUUCCAAGACGACGAGGUUGACAUGAUCAUCAGGCUUCAUAAGCUUCUGGGUAAUCGGUGGUCACUGAUUGCGGGGAGACUUCAGGGAAGAACCGCGAAUGACAUCAAGAACUAUUGGAACACCCACUUGGCUAAAAAGGUCGUCUAUCAGAAGCAGAAGGAAGACAAGCCGCCUUGGAAAUUUGUCACUAAAGUGAACAUCAUAAGGCCUCAACCUCGGACAUUCUCGAAGAGCUCGGUAUGGAUCAACGGAAACGCCACGCAGGUGGCUUUAAGGACUCCACCAGGUGAGAACCUUGGACAGCCAUCUCCAAUUUUAUUUCAUCAGGACAAGGAGAGUGCUUGGUGGGAGGAUCUGCUAACCGAAAGCAGCCCCAACGAAGGGCUCGUCACCUCAACAAGUGGCUCAGAAGGACAGCCAGGCGUGAAAUCGUGGCCUCGGGAAUUUGCUAUGGAUGAGGGACGAAAUGGUUGGAACGAGCUCUCUUUCGAUACCGACAUUUGGGAAUUUCUCGACUCGAAUCCUUAA